ACCUCCAGAUGACUGUGCAGGCCCUGCAGGAUGAGCUGAGAACUCAGAGAGAUCUGAAUCAGUUGUUCCAGCAGGACUGUAGUGGAGGGAGACCUGGAGAACCUCUGUCAUUCGAACCCACUGAGGAGAACUUCCACAGGCUCCAAGCUGAACACCAGAGACAGGCCAAAGAGUUGUUCCUCCUGAGGAAGACGCUGGAGGAGAUGGAGUUGAGGAUCGACAGUCAGAAACAGACCCUGGGGGCCAGAGACCAGUCUAUCAAGAAACUACUGGAGAUGCUGCAGAGCAAAGGUCUGUCAGCCAAGGCCUCAGAGGAAGACCAUGAGAGGACCAGGAGACUGGCUGAGGCUGAGAUGCACAUCCACCACCUAGACAGUCUACUGGAACAGAAAGACAAGGAGACCAACGCCCUACGAGAGGAGCUGCACCGACGGAGCUAUGAAGGAGCCCCUGAAUCAGCCAAGACCAAGGCCCUGCAGACCGUCAUCGAGAUGAAGGACUCUAAGGUCCAGUCUCUGGAGCGAGGUCUGAGGGACCUGGAGGAAGAGAUUGAGAUGUUAAAGUCUAACGGGGCUCUGAGCACUGAGGAGAGAGAGGAGGAGAUUAAACAAAUGGAGGUGUACAGAUCCCACUCCAAGUUCAUGAAGAACAAGGUAGAGCAGCUGAAGGAGGAGCUGUCUCAGAGAGAGGUCCAGGGGGAGGAGCUUAAGCAGAAGGCUGCCGACCUGCAGCAGGAAGUGUCGGCCAUUGACCAGGUAAAGCAGGACCUCAGCAGGAAGGAGACGGAGCUGAUGGGGAUGAGGACCAAGCUGGAGACUCUCACCAACCAGUUCUCAGACAGCAAACAGCACAUCGAGGUCCUCAAGGAGUCACUGACCGCUAAGGAACAGCGCUCUACUAUCAUCCAGACAGAGGUGGAUGCUCUUCGUCUGCGUCUGGAAGAGAAAGAUUCCCAGCUGAAUAAGAAGUCGAACCAGAUCCAGGAGACGUCUGAGGAGAAGGGGACGCUCAGCAGAGAGGUACACGACCUCAAGGACAUGCUGGAGGUCAAGGAGCGCAAGGUCAACGUCCUGCAGAAGAAG